GGAGUUGAACUUUUCAACACAAGAAAUAGGGAUGAAAUUUGAUAUUGGGUCUUCAAUAGUAUCUAAAACUUCUAAAAGAGAAGAGGAAACAGGAGAGAGAAAAAAGAGAGAUAAGUUAGAAUGUGCUUAUAUUAAUCAGACCAAAAAAUUUGGAGGUGGAAGCAUAAUGGUUUGGAGUUGCAUAACUUCGUGUAGUGUUGGUGAGAUAUGCUAUAUCAAAACUCAUCUGGAUAAUGAAAGUUAUCGUGUAAUUCUAGCCAAAGAUCUUUUUGGCACCUUACUCGAACAUAACUUGGAGCUUAAAGAUAUUAUUUUUCAAUAUGAUGGGAACUCAAAACACAGAUGGCCCCCUUAUUCUCCUGAUUUGAGCCUAAUAGAAAAUAUUUGGAGUGAGGUAAAAAGAUGUUUAGAAGAGCGUCUAGAAGAGCAGCAGCAAGAACCAGCCACAAAAAAUGAAAAGCUAAAUAAAUUGUGGAAAAUGGUAGAAGAAGAAUAG